GCUCCAUCCCGGCGGCCUCAACCCCAGCCCGGGGCGCGGCCUGCUCGGCUCGGCUCGGCUCGGCUCGGCCCGGCCCCAGCCCCGCGCCCCGGGGCAGCUUCCCCGCCGCCUCCCUCGUGGUGUUGGAGGCAGCGUGACAGCAGGAUGUGUGAAGGGCCGUCCUGGAUUUCUGGACCCAUUCCUCCAGACCCUACACUCUUUCCAAACUAUUACAAACGCUCCUUCUCAGCUCGAGGGAGGCUGGAAGAGAAUGCUCGGAAGCAGGAUUUUACCUCUGGCUCCUUCCCAGUUCCCAGCCCAUCCUCCACUUUGAGCAGUGCCCGUCAGGUCCAGCCAGGCCCUCGCAUUCGCCCCAGUGGGAAGGACUUUCUGGAGAGAGGACAGAAGGGGACCCUCAGUCUCUUGCUACAGCUCGAAGGGAUCUCCCUUGAUGGGGGACUGCCAGCCAGGAAGAAGGAGCCCAAGGACCAUGAGAAGGAAAAUGUGAAGCGAAUAAAAGAGAUUCAGAAGAAAUGCAAAGAGAAGGAGCGAGCCCAGAUGCACAGCCAGCCCAAGCCUGUGAAAGCUCUGUGGAAAUCCCAGAAAUAUGAAAAUGUGGAGUCAAAAGUGAAGGCCAAACUGCAGGUCAAGGUCCUUCAGGAUGCCUCAGACCUCAGUCCAACUCUUCCCACCCUGUGGACCACCAGCAGGCCGUGUAUCUCCAGUCAUCCCCAAACCAUUGUCCUGGAGAGCUCCCUGCCUCCAAACCUCGAGUCUCUGAAAUUCCUGAGGGCCUAUUCUCGCUGUGGCCCUGGGAUCAAGCCAUGCAGACUGCCCAGCCCCAGACCUGCCAGCACCAAAGCAGGGGCAGAUGAAGAGGCUCUGGAGGCACGUGGUGCUGAAACCAAGAUCCAGGUGGAGGGGAGGAGCAUUGACUUCAUCAAGUACAACGCCUGCCAUGCCAAGCGGGCCCCGCUGCGCCGCUCCCGCUCCCUGCAGAGCGUGGCUGAGCUGCUGGAGCAGAGGCACCAGGAGCAGGAGCAGUACAAUGCCAAGCAGAAGGGACACGUCCCCAAGUACCUGCUGGAGAGGAAGGAGCUGUGGCGCAGGCGGAUGGAGGAGCAGCUGCAGAAUCUGCCAGAUCCCAACAUGCCACCUGGUCACACCAUGAUGCCAGAGAGACAGAGACUGGAGACCCUUGGCAAUCUGAAGCGGAGCCAGGAGCAGCUGAUAAAGGAGAUGGUGAUGCUGCCAGUGCGUGCAGACACCCUCAGCAUGCAGAGGAGGCGAAUGGAGCUGGAGAGGAAUCUCUCUCAGAUAGAGGAGGCAAUCAAAAUUUUCUCAAGACCCAAGGUCUUCAUCAAGCUGGACACUUGAGCCAGUGUGGCUGAGUGUGUUGUGCUGCUCUGUGCAAAGAGCCUUCACUGCUGGGAAGGGACCAGUGUCACUUUGAGAGGGAAGGAGGGAAAGGCAAGUUCAGCACCCUGAGCUGUUUUAGUGUCCAACAUGCAGCUGGUGUCUUUUGCUCACCCUCCAGUGCUGUGUGUUGUUCCCAGGAAAGGGAAGGAGGUACUGCCCUAAGAUACUCUCUACUCUGUUGCCAGGAGAACAGUUGUCUCUGUUCUCUUGGAGAUGAGCUCUCUGCUCUGGACCUAUGGCAUCACCUCUUAUUUUCCCAUCUUUUCCCACUUCUAGAACUGGUAGGAGGUCUCCUGUGCUGCUGCUGGUGGUGUUCCUUCUCCCCCUCUUUCUCCUGAGCUGGGACAUGGUCUUGGCUGAUUCUGAGGACCUGCACACAAACCUUGUGCAUGCCCAGUCCUGAGCACUGACCCAUCCUGCUCAUGCAGCCUCUGCACCUGGGAUCAGCAGCUCAGGGAUAGCUUGGGGACAACAAGGGCACAGAGCUUCAGUCAUUCCAUCCUAGUGAAAAGCUGGGCUGGCUGCAGGGGGAUCUGUCAGGGUGUUCAGAGAAGUCUUUGUGGGGUCUGUAGGGCAGGACAUGCUUCAAUAAAGCACUUUCCCUCUUUCAGUGUGUGUGCAGCUGCUGG